GUGGCGACGCUCUAGUCGCCGUUUCUCUAUGCUAGGCAGAGUGGCCUUGGCCGCCGGAGUUGCUGGACUCUCUAAGGCCCUGGAGAAGCCUCCAGCUUGGUGUGCGGAGCCUGCGGAUGCUGGUCAUGGCGCGGCUCCCGAAGCUAGCAGUUUUUGAUCUGGAUUACACACUCUGGCCUUUCUGGGUCGACACGCACGUAGACCCUCCGUUCCACAAGAGCAGUGAUGGAACUGUGCGAGAUAGGCGGGGCCAGGACGUCCGACUGUACCCAGAGGUGCCUCAGGUUCUGGAACGAUUGCAGGGCCUUGGGGUGCCUGGUGCAGCAGCUUCACGGACAGGUGAGAUAGAAGGAGCCAACCAGUUACUGGAGCUCUUUGACCUUGUCAGAUACUUUGCUCAUCGGGAAAUCUAUCCAGGCAGUAAGGUCACACACUUUGAGAGGCUGCAGCAGAAGACCGGAGUUCCUUUCUCUCAGAUGAUCUUCUUUGAUGAUGAGAGGCGGAAUAUUGUGGACGUCAGCAAACUGGGUACUGAGGGGCAACGAGAGCGAUUUGGGGCAUGAGGAGAAAGGGUUCUUUCUAGGAGGGAUUAGGUAGACAUACACAGGGUGGAUAGUCUGCAUGAUAGGUGGCACCCAUGAAAGGUGAGAGUAAUAAGGGAGAGCACAGAAAGCCUGAUGAAAUGUGAUUUUUUUUCC